AUGGGGAUUGAUAGAGAGAGGAAAGUUGAUGUCUCUCAGAAUGUGGCAUGGACAUUGCAACGGGGAAGCUGGAUAAUUCAUGUUUUAGUUAUAUUCCUUCUCAAGAUGACACUCUCGGUAGUAUUCAGUGACAGUAUAGGAUGGCAGCUCUCACUAAUCAUCUACAACAUCUCUACCUUUAUUUUCUUCCAUAUGAUCCCUGGAGAUCCUUUCAACGACAGGUACAGCCUUUAUACGUUCUGGGAACAGCUUUCAGAGCAGCUGGAAGGCACUCCGGACCUCAUUUUCAUAGCACUAUUCCCGUUAAUAGCAUUCACGAUCAUAAAUUUCAUUGUGAAGUGGAAUACCUUCCUGUUUUGGCUGUGCAUUGCAAGCCUAUUCAUCGUGACUAUCCCGAAGUUCGGUUUCAUGCAUCUUAGAAGAAUCCUGAUAUUCAAGGAGUAG